GAGAUAAAUAAGAAGUGCACAGCCACUACCUUCUCUAGAACUCCCAAAUGCACAAAUCAUUUAGUACUACCCGGUGGUGUGCCCAAUGAGAUAAUUUCUUAACUUUGCUACUUCUGUUCCCUAUAUAUAAAACCUCAAGUCCCUCAAACCUUUUGCUGCUCUUGUCUAAUACAACAUUUAUCCUCUUUGUGAGAUCACCAUUUGCUUCUAGUCCUCAGGAGUCAUGGCUGUCUCAAGUGCCAUGCUCGUGCUAGGCUUAUCCCUUACCUUGGUCGGUUUUUCAGCUGCUCAAGCGCCAUCAUUCCCUCCAACAUCAAAUGCAGCGCCACCCUCCACCUCCGCUACACCACCACCUACGGUUGCAGUUCCUCUGCCAACCUCUCCUGCUCCCAGCAUUGCUCCCCCCACUUCAUCAGCUCCGGUAUCCCCUCCUCCUGCUCCCAGCAUGGCUCCUACGGCAUCCCCUCCUCCUCCUCAUGCUCCCAGCACUACUCCUAGCAUGGCUCCCACCACUUCAUCACCUCCGGUAUCCCCUCCUCCUGCUCCCAGCACUACUCCCAGCAUGGCUCCCACCAUUUCAUCGACUCCGGUAUCCCCUCCUCCAAUGUCUUCUCCGAGUCCAAGUCCAUCCAUGAGCUCCCCACCUGCGCCUGCACCUGAAACGCCAGCCUCUCAACCAGCUCCAGCACCUGAAACGCCAGCCUCUCAACCAGCUCCAGCACCUGCUCCCUCCAACACCACCACCCCCUCCUCCCCAGAUUCAGGUGCAUUUGUUCAGGGAAGUAACAUGGCUUUGCUCACACUCUUUGCAGGAGUUGCACUCCUCUUUUAAGCUCCAGUGUUUCCACGAUAUUCAUUUCCAUUCACAUUUGUGUAGAUUAAAUAAUGCUUUAUGUAUUCUUUUCCUGGUAUUUCUUUUUCAUUGGGAGCUCUCCAGCUUUUCUUGUUUUCCUUUUGAUUUUUUUUUUUUAUUUCAUUUGUGGUUAAUUUGGAGCUCCAUUUGUAAUUUGUGAGCAAAGAUCAGGACGGUUUGGAGAUUUUACAGAGUUACAGCUCUUCUUUUAACA